CUCCUUGCGCCUGGCGAUUGGUCCUCAGCGCUAGGAGUCCGCCCUCCCUCCCGCCCGGCUUAGAGGACAGCGGGGAAGGCGGGUGGUGGGGCCGGGGGCCUGAAGCGGCGGUACCCGCACAGGUGGCGGCAGCCGAGGCCUUGGCCGAAGCCGCGCGAACCUCAGGUCAAGAUGCUAGGAACCGGACCUGCCACCGCCACCACAGCCACCACCACGUCCAGCAACGUGAGCGUCCUGCAGCAGUUUGCCAGCGGCCUGAAGAGCCGGAAUGAGGAGACCAGGGCCAAAGCUGCCAAGGAGCUCCAGCACUAUGUCACCAUGGAGCUUCGAGAGAUGAGUCAAGAGGAGUCUACUCGCUUCUAUGAUCAGCUGAACCAUCACAUUUUUGAACUGGUUUCCAGCUCGGAUGCCAAUGAAAGGAAAGGUGGCAUCUUGGCCAUAGCCAGCCUCAUAGGAGUGGAAGGCGGGAAUGCCACCCGUAUCGGCAGAUUUGCUAACUAUCUUCGGAACCUCCUCCCCUCUAAUGACCCAGUUGUCAUGGAGAUGGCAUCCAAGGCCAUUGGCCGCCUUGCCAUGGCAGGCGACACUUUUACAGCUGAGUAUGUGGAGUUCGAGGUGAAGCGAGCCUUGGAGUGGCUGGGCGCUGACCGCAACGAGGGCCGGAGACACGCAGCCGUUCUGGUUCUCCGUGAGCUGGCUAUCAGCGUCCCCACCUUCUUCUUCCAGCAAGUGCAGCCCUUCUUUGACAACAUUUUUGUGGCCGUGUGGGACCCCAAACAGGCCAUCCGGGAGGGAGCUGUGGCCGCCCUUCGUGCCUGUUUGAUUCUCACCACCCAGCGUGAGCCGAAGGAGAUGCAGAAGCCUCAGUGGUACAGGCACACGUUUGAAGAAGCAGAGAAGGGGUUUGAUGAGACGUUGGCCAAGGAGAAGGGCAUGAAUCGGGAUGAUCGCAUCCAUGGAGCCUUGCUGAUCCUCAACGAGUUGGUCCGAAUCAGCAGCAUGGAGGGAGAGCGCCUGAGAGAAGAAAUGGAAGAAAUCACACAGCAGCAGCUGGUCCAUGACAAGUACUGCAAAGACCUCAUGGGCUUCGGGACGAAACCUCGCCACAUCACCCCCUUCACCAGCUUCCAGGCUGGCCAGCCCCCGCAGUCCAACGCCUUGGUGGGACUGCUGGGGUACAGCUCUCACCAAGGCCUCAUGGGUUUCGGGGCUUCCCCCAGCCCAGCGAAGUCCACGCUGGUGGAGAGCCGGUGUUGCAGAGACCUGAUGGAGGAGAAAUUCGAUCAGGUGUGCCAGUGGGUGCUGAAAUGCAGGAACAGCAAGAACUCGCUGAUCCAAAUGACAAUCCUUAAUUUGUUGCCCCGCUUGGCUGCAUUUCGACCUUCUGCCUUCACAGAUACCCAGUACCUCCAAGAUACCAUGAACCACGUCUUGAGCUGUGUCAAGAAGGAGAAGGAACGGACAGCAGCCUUCCAAGCCCUGGGGCUCCUUUCUGUGGCUGUGAGAUCUGAGUUCAAGGUCUAUUUGCCUCGUGUGCUGGACAUCAUCCGAGCAGCCCUACCCCCAAAGGACUUUGCCCAUAAGAGACAGAAGGCAAUGCAGGUGGAUGCCACAGUGUUCACCUGCAUCAGCAUGCUGGCCCGGGCAAUGGGGCCAGGCAUCCAGCAGGAUAUCAAGGAGCUGCUGGAGCCCAUGCUGGCAGUGGGACUGAGCCCUGCCCUCACUGCUGUGCUGUACGACCUGAGCCGUCAGAUUCCACAGCUGAAGAAGGACAUCCAGGAUGGGCUACUGAAGAUGCUGUCCCUGGUCCUUAUGCACAAACCCCUCCGGCACCCGGGCAUGCCCAAGGGCCUGGCCCAUCAGCUGGCUUCCCCUGGCCUCACAGCCCUCCCUGAGGCCAGCGACGUGGGCAGCAUUACUCUUGCCCUGCGAACUCUCGGCAGCUUUGAGUUUGAAGGCCACUCUCUGACCCAGUUUGUCCGCCACUGUGCGGAUCAUUUCCUAAACAGCGAGCACAAAGAGAUCCGCAUGGAAGCCGCCCGCACCUGCUCCCGCCUGCUCACGCCCUCCGUCCACCUCAUCAGCGGCCACGCGCACGUCGUUAGCCAGACUGCGGUGCAAGUGGUGGCAGACGUGCUCAGCAAACUGCUCGUGGUCGGGAUCACAGAUCCUGACCCCGACAUCCGCUACUGCGUCUUGGCAUCUCUGGAUGAGCGCUUUGAUGCACACCUGGCCCAGGCAGAGAACUUGCAGGCCCUGUUUGUGGCCCUGAACGACCAGGUGUUUGAGAUCCGGGAGCUGGCCAUCUGCACGGUGGGCCGGCUCAGUAGCAUGAACCCGGCCUUCGUCAUGCCCUUCCUGCGCAAGAUGCUCAUCCAGAUUUUGACAGAGCUGGAGCACAGCGGCAUCGGGAGAAUCAAAGAACAGAGUGCCCGCAUGCUGGGCCACUUGGUCUCCAAUGCCCCCCGGCUCAUCCGCCCCUACAUGGAGCCCAUUCUGAAGGCUUUAAUAUUGAAACUGAAAGAUCCAGACCCUGAUCCAAACCCAGGUGUGAUCAAUAAUGUCUUGGCCACAAUAGGAGAGUUGGCUCAGGUCAGUGGCCUAGAAAUGAGGAAAUGGGUUGAUGAACUCUUUAUUAUCAUCAUGGACAUGCUCCAGGACUCCUCCCUGUUGGCCAAAAGGCAGGUGGCUCUGUGGACCCUGGGACAGUUGGUGGCCAGCACUGGCUAUGUGGUGGAGCCCUACAGGAAGUACCCCACUUUGCUUGAGGUCCUGCUGAAUUUUCUGAAGACUGAGCAGAACCAGGGUACACGGAGAGAGGCUAUCCGUGUGUUAGGGCUUUUGGGGGCCCUGGAUCCCUACAAGCACAAAGUGAACAUUGGCAUGAUUGACCAGUCCCGCGACGCUUCUGCUGUUAGCCUGUCAGAAUCCAAGUCAAGUCAGGAUUCCUCUGACUACAGCACCAGCGAGAUGCUGGUCAACAUGGGCAACCUGCCCCUGGACGAGUUCUACCCUGCCGUGUCCAUGGUGGCGCUGAUGCGGAUCUUCCGGGACCAGUCCCUCUCGCACCAUCACACCAUGGUAGUCCAGGCCAUCACCUUCAUCUUCAAGUCCCUGGGCCUCAAGUGUGUGCAGUUCCUGCCCCAGGUCAUGCCCACGUUCCUCAACGUCAUUCGAGUCUGUGACGGGGCCAUCCGGGAGUUUCUGUUCCAGCAGCUGGGGAUGCUGGUGUCCUUUGUGAAGAGCCACAUCAGACCUUACAUGGAUGAAAUAGUCACCCUCAUGAGAGAAUUCUGGGUCAUGAACACCUCGAUCCAGAGCACGAUCAUUCUUCUCAUUGAGCAAAUCGUGGUAGCUCUUGGGGGCGAAUUUAAGCUCUAUCUGCCUCAGCUGAUCCCACACAUGCUACGUGUCUUCAUGCAUGACAACAGCCCAGGCCGCAUUGUCUCCAUCAAGCUGCUGGCUGCCAUCCAGCUGUUCGGCGCCAACCUGGACGACUAUUUGCACUUGCUGUUGCCUCCUAUCGUGAAGCUGUUUGAUGCCCCUGAAGUCCCCCUGCCGUCCCGCAAGGCAGCGUUAGAGACGGUAGACCGCCUCACAGAGUCCUUGGACUUCACUGACUACGCCUCCCGGAUCAUUCACCCGAUCGUUCGAACCCUGGACCAGAGCCCGGAACUGCGUCCCACGGCCAUGGACACGUUGUCUUCGCUUGUCUUUCAGCUGGGGAAGAAGUACCAAAUUUUCAUUCCAAUGGUGAAUAAAGUCCUGGUACGACACCGAAUCAACCAUCAGCGCUAUGACGUCCUCAUCUGCAGAAUCGUCAAGGGAUACACCCUUGCUGAUGAAGAAGAGGACCCUUUGAUUUACCAGCAUCGAAUGCUGAGGAGUGGCCAAGGGGAUGCGUUGGCCAGUGGGCCGGUAGAAACAGGACCCAUGAAGAAACUGCAUGUCAGCACCAUCAACCUUCAAAAGGCCUGGGGAGCUGCCAGAAGGGUCUCCAAAGAUGACUGGCUAGAAUGGCUGAGGCGGCUGAGUCUGGAGCUCCUGAAGGACUCGUCUUCACCUUCCCUGCGCUCGUGCUGGGCCCUGGCUCAGGCCUACAACCCGAUGGCCAGGGAUCUUUUCAACGCCGCGUUUGUGUCCUGCUGGUCUGAACUGAACGAAGACCAGCAGGAUGAACUCAUCAGGAGCAUCGAGCUGGCCCUCACCUCACAGGACAUCGCCGAAGUCACGCAAACUCUCUUAAACUUGGCUGAAUUCAUGGAACACAGUGACAAGGGCCCCCUGCCACUGAGAGACGACAACGGCAUCGUCCUGCUGGGCGAGAGGGCCGCCAAGUGCCGAGCAUAUGCCAAAGCACUACACUACAAAGAGCUGGAGUUCCAGAAAGGUCCCACCCCUGCCAUCCUAGAGUCUCUCAUCAGGACUUCUGGAAAGAAACCAUGGUGUUAUCGCUUCUCUUUGAAUGUUUCUGAGUCCUGCAGCGGACUGACUCAUAUGGAGAACCUUCUGGCUCAUUGCUUAGGAGCAGCACAGAAGUGCCGCAUUAAUAAUAAGCUACAACAGCCAGAGGCAGCUGCCGGGGUAUUAGAAUAUGCCAUGAAACACUUCGGAGAGCUGGAGAUCCAGGCCACCUGGUACGAGAAGCUGCACGAGUGGGAAGAUGCGCUCGUGGCCUACGACAAGAAGAUGGACACCAACAAGGACGACCCAGAGCUCAUGCUGGGUCGCAUGCGCUGCCUCGAGGCCUUGGGGGAAUGGGGGCAGCUCCACCAGCAGUGCUGUGAGAAGUGGACCCUGGUUAACGAUGAGACCCAAGCCAAGAUGGCCCGGAUGGCCGCUGCAGCUGCCUGGGGCUUAGGUCAGUGGGACAGCAUGGAGGAAUAUACCUGUAUGAUCCCUCGGGACACCCACGAUGGGGCAUUUUAUAGAGCCGUGCUGGCACUACAUCAGGACCUCUUCUCCUUGGCGCAACAGUGUAUCGACAAAGCCAGGGACCUGCUGGAUGCAGAGCUAACUGCUAUGGCAGGAGAGAGCUACAGUCGGGCAUAUGGGGCCAUGGUUUCUUGCCACAUGCUCUCCGAGCUGGAGGAGGUUAUCCAGUACAAACUCGUCCCCGAGCGACGGGAGAUCAUCCGCCAGAUCUGGUGGGAGAGACUGCAGGGCUGCCAGCGCAUCGUGGAGGACUGGCAGAAAAUCCUGAUGGUGCGCUCCCUCGUGGUCAGCCCCCACGAGGACAUGAGGACCUGGCUCAAGUAUGCCAGCCUGUGUGGCAAGAGUGGCAGGCUGGCUCUUGCUCAUAAGACCUUGGUGUUGCUCCUGGGAGUUGAUCCGUCUCGGCAACUUGACCAUCCUCUGCCAACAGUUCACCCUCAGGUGACCUACGCCUACAUGAAAAACAUGUGGAAGAGUGCUCGCAAGAUCGAUGCCUUCCAGCACAUGCAGCACUUUGUGCAGACCAUGCAGCAGCAAGCCCAGCACGCCAUCGCCAGCGAGGACCAGCAGCACAAGCAGGAGCUGCACAAGCUCAUGGCCAGGUGUUUCCUGAAACUCGGGGAGUGGCAGCUGAACCUGCAGGGCAUCAAUGAGAGCACCAUCCCCAAAGUGCUGCAGUACUACAGCGCCGCCACGGAGCACGACCGCGGCUGGUACAAGGCCUGGCACGCGUGGGCAGUGAUGAACUUCGAAGCUGUGCUGCAUUACAAACAUCAGAACCAAGCCCGCGACGAGAAGAAGAAGCUGCGUCACGCCAGCGGGGCCAACGUCACCAGCACGACCACUGCUGCCACCACAGCGGCCACCGCCACCGCCACGGCCACCAGCACCGAGGGCAGCAACAGCGAGAGUGAGGCCGAGAGCACCGAGAACAGCCCCACCCCAUCCCCUCUGCAGAAGAAGGUCACUGAGGAUUUGUCCAAAACCCUCUUGAUGUACACCGUCCCUGCCGUCCAGGGCUUCUUCCGUUCUAUCUCCUUGUCGCGAGGCAACAACCUCCAGGACACGCUGAGAGUCCUCACCCUGUGGUUUGAUUACGGUCACUGGCCGGACGUAAACGAAGCCUUGGUGGAGGGGGUGAAGGCGAUCCAGAUUGACACGUGGUUACAGGUCAUACCUCAGCUCAUUGCAAGAAUUGAUACGCCCAGGCCCUUGGUGGGACGCCUCAUCCACCAGCUUCUCACCGACAUUGGCCGGUACCACCCCCAGGCCCUCAUCUAUCCCCUGACCGUGGCCUCCAAGUCCACCACCACGGCCCGCCACAACGCAGCCAACAAGAUUCUGAAGAACAUGUGUGAGCACAGUAACACCCUGGUCCAGCAGGCCAUGAUGGUGAGUGAGGAACUGAUCCGCGUGGCCAUCCUCUGGCACGAGAUGUGGCACGAAGGCCUGGAAGAAGCGUCUCGUUUAUACUUUGGGGAGAGGAACGUGAAAGGCAUGUUUGAGGUGUUGGAGCCCCUGCAUGCUAUGAUGGAACGGGGCCCCCAGACUCUGAAGGAAACGUCUUUUAAUCAGGCAUAUGGGCGAGACUUAAUGGAGGCCCAAGAGUGGUGCAGGAAGUACAUGAAAUCGGGAAACGUGAAGGACCUCACUCAAGCCUGGGACCUCUACUAUCACGUGUUCAGACGAAUCUCAAAGCAGCUGCCUCAGCUCACAUCCUUAGAACUGCAGUAUGUUUCCCCCAAACUUCUGAUGUGCCGGGACCUUGAAUUGGCCGUGCCGGGAACAUACGACCCCCACCAGCCGAUCAUCCGCAUUCAGUCCAUAGCGCCGUCUCUACAGGUCAUCACCUCCAAGCAGCGGCCCCGGAAGUUGACCCUCAUGGGCAGCAACGGGCACGAGUUUGUUUUCCUCCUGAAGGGCCACGAGGACCUGCGGCAGGAUGAGCGAGUGAUGCAGCUCUUCGGCCUGGUGAACACCCUCCUGGCCAACGACCCCACGUCUCUUCGCAAGAACCUCAGCAUCCAGAGAUACGCCGUCAUCCCCUUAUCAACCAACUCGGGCCUCAUCGGCUGGGUCCCCCACUGCGACACGCUGCACGCCCUCAUCCGGGACUACAGAGAGAAAAAGAAGAUCCUUCUCAACAUCGAGCAUCGCAUCAUGUUGCGGAUGGCUCCGGACUACGACCACCUGACGCUGAUGCAGAAGGUGGAGGUGUUCGAGCACGCCGUCAAUAACACGGCCGGGGAUGACCUGGCCAAGCUGCUAUGGCUGAAAAGCCCCAGCUCCGAGGUGUGGUUUGACCGAAGAACCAACUACACCCGCUCUUUAGCGGUCAUGUCCAUGGUCGGGUAUAUUUUGGGCCUAGGAGAUAGACACCCAUCCAACUUAAUGCUGGACCGGCUGAGCGGGAAGAUCCUGCACAUUGACUUUGGGGACUGCUUUGAGGUUGCUAUGACCAGGGAGAAAUUCCCAGAGAAGAUUCCAUUUAGACUAACCAGAAUGCUGACCAAUGCUAUGGAGGUUACUGGUCUGGAUGGCAACUAUAGAAUCACGUGCCACACAGUGAUGGAAGUGCUUCGGGAACACAAGGAUAGUGUCAUGGCCGUGCUGGAAGCCUUUGUCUAUGACCCCUUGCUGAACUGGAGGCUGAUGGACACAAAUACCAAAGGCAACAAGCGGUCCCGAACAAGGACAGAUUCCUACUCUGCUGGCCAGUCAGUAGAAAUUUUGGACGGUGUGGAGCUUGGGGAACCCGCGCAUAAGAAAACAGGGACCACGGUGCCAGAGUCCAUUCAUUCCUUCAUUGGAGACGGUUUGGUGAAACCAGAGGCCCUAAAUAAGAAAGCCAUUCAGAUUAUCAACCGGGUUCGAGACAAGCUCACUGGUCGGGACUUUUCUCAUGACGAAACCCUGGAUGUCCCCACUCAAGUUGAGCUGCUGAUCAAGCAAGCAACAUCCCAUGAAAACCUGUGCCAGUGCUACAUCGGCUGGUGUCCUUUUUGGUAACCCGAGGCCCAGAAGGGCCCACAGCGUUUCUCUUGAGGCUUUUGUACUUUGGAUAUGCUUCCACUAAACCGCAACCAUGGCCAGGAAGUUCGACUUUGUUAAAUAUCUUGAAAUGUAAAUGAAAAGAACUACUGUAUAUUAAACGUUGGUUUGAACCAACUUUCUAGCUGCUGUUGAAGAAUAUAUUGUCAGAAACACAAGGCUUGAUUUGGUUCCCAGGACAGUAAACACAGAAAUACUACAUAAAUCAAGCCAUUGAUUUGGGGGAACAGAAGAUCCAUAACUUAGAAAUACGGGUUUUGACUUAACUCACAAGAGAACUCAUCAUAAGCAUUGCUGAUGGAAGAAUGGCCUCCUUGUCCUUCCCGAUAAGGACACGGCAAACUCUGCACAGUCAGGAAGCCUCAGGCCAUGGAGGACACGUGUUAGAAAUCGGGAGGAGCUGACUUGGUCACUUCCACCCAUCCCGUUACCUCACUGGUCCGCGGACGGCAACAUUUGUAAGAUGGGCCAAAAUGGGUGGCAAGAGCCUGUCUUCUGCCUCACUCGUGAUGCCGCGACUUAACUCACUUCAAUCCAAGGCCCCAGUGCUAGGAGGGGAGUUUCUUCCAGUCGCUGGGUGGCCUUAGCUGAGCAAAUGCACAGAGAUCGUGGUGCGGUAGGGUGGCCCACAGUGGCCUUCCCCAGCAUGGUUUUGGGAUGUUGUCAGUGAAGUCCGAACGCUCUGUGUUUAGAGCAAGGGCUUGGAAAUAGAAAUGCCGUCGUGGAGGUGCUCAACACAGAGAGGGAAGGUCUGGUACCCGCUGGGAAUUCUGAGCAAAGGAAAUAUUAAAGUAAAUGCACAAAGUAUCAAGUGUAGCCAUUCUAGACACCAUGUUGUAUCUGAAUAAUUUUUGUGCCAAUAAACGACAUCAGAAUUUUAAAAACA